AGAAUGAAAAAAAAAAAGAAGAAUUUUCUGAUAGGCUGGCCCUCUGCAUGACAAUUUCUCAGAAACAUCCCUACACACUCUUCUCAUUUUCUUUUUCCACACCGCGUGCGUAAAAAUAGUAGGCACAAUUACAGGCUCUUCUAUGUAUAUAUAUUCGUCUGGGGGUUUCCCGUUAGAGCCUUGACUUGAUCAAGUCGUCUCCCUCCGUACACAACACAACAUCCAUAUUAUACUAAGGUCGGCAGCUACCUCUGGAGCCAUGGUUUCAAUUCCAAAGUGGCAGAGAUACAAAGAAACGAGGAUUUGAAACGCCUUGAAGAGUUGAAUAGGUAAACAAGGAAUAGUUCUGAUGCUCAGGAGGAGGGACGAGAUGGAGGAAGUUACUUGAAGGGGAAGGAUAUGUACCGUGGGAACUGAUCUUCAACUUUGAGGCCAUGGACGCAAGUUACAUUCUUCAGUUUUGAUGGAGGAUCUGGCAUAGACUUACAAUAUGGCUAUGGAGCUUAUACCUGUAGGCACCAUCUUAGCCGUACUAACAAACCAGGUCAUCAAAACAGCUCAUGCGGCAAAGGAUGUUCUCAUUGAGAAGGAGAGUUUCAAGGUCCUGUCAAAGCACUUGUUUGACAUUGAACCAGUCCUAAAGGAAUUGCAGCUUCAAGAAUUAAAUGAUUCUCAAGCUGCGAGGCUUGCUCUGGAAUCUCUUGAAGCAGAUGUUAAAAAGGCUAAUAAUUUGGUUGAUAAGUAUAAAAACCGAGCCCGCUUCUACUUGCUGGUCAAGUGCCGCUACAUUGUCAAGGAGGUACAAGACGUCACAAGGGAUAUUGGAAGGUCUUUGGCUGCAUUAUCCCUUGCAAAUACAGAAGUUCUAUCUAGGAUAUCUGAUCAGGUGAGUAGGUUACAUAAUGAGAUGCAAAGAGUGGAAUUUGAGGCUUCCAAUUCUCGGCUCCAAAUUGUUGACAAGUUAAACCAAGGUCUUAGGGACCAGAAACAUGACCAGGGUUUUGCAAAUGACAUGCUCGAAGAAAUAGCGAGGGCAGUUGGGGUGCCUGUUGAGCCCUCUGAGAUAAGCAAAGAGCUAGCGAGCUUCAGAAGGGAAAAAGAAGAAGCUGCCAACCGGAAAGAAAGGGCUGAAGUUCUCUUCUUGGAGCAGAUUAUUGAGCUGCUCUCUCGAGCUGAUGCUGCAAGGGAUUACGAAGAAGUCAAGAAGCAAUAUCUCCAAAGGGUUCAGGUCAUAGAGCGAUAUGAUGAGAAGGAAGAGUAUAUCCAACCACUUAAUUCUUUUCUUUGUCGUAUCUGCGGAAAUGUGAUGGUUGAUCCUGUCAGCCUUUGCACUGGUACUACAUGUGAGCGAGCUGCCAUUGAAGCUUGGUUGGACAGUGGGGCCAGAACUGACCCUGAAACAGGUGAGGUUCUUGAAGAUACUUCUCUAAGGUCUAACCUUCCACUGAGACAAUCAAUAGAGGAGUGGCGAGAACUUAAUUACUGCCUCAAUAUACGAUCUUCCAAUGCAAAGUUGUUGUCAGGUGUGGACUCUUCUGUGGAAGAGGCCCUGAGCCAAAUGCAGGGUCUCAUGAGAGAUAAUUCUAUUAACAAGGACUGGAUUUCCAUUGGAGGGCUCACUGAUAUGAUUAUCUCUAUCCUAGAGCGUUCACGCAACAAAGAUGUGAAGAGAAAGAUUUUAAUUACAUUGAAGGAUAUUGUAGAAGGGCAUGCAAGAAAUAAGGAAAGAGUGAUCGAAUCUGAGGGAUGGGAUCACAUUAUCCGUUGCUUGGGACGUGACUCAAGCACUUCAAAGGCUGCAGUUGAAUUGCUAUAUGAGUUGUUGCAAGAGAGAUCUGGUUGGAACGUGUCUGUUUGCAGGAAACUCUCUCAGCAAUGCAGUGCAAUUCUUUUCCUUGUUACCCUGUUAAAGGGUCCUCUGAUGGAGUCAGCUGAGACUGCAGAAAGAAUCAUGAUGAAGCUAUUUGAGAUAGAUGAGGAGAACAUUUCUCGUGCUGCUAAGUCUGGUUGGUAUAAACCACUUAUUGAUCGCAUAAUCCAAGGGCCAGAGUCUUCAAGGAUAUCAAUGGUGAGAACAAUUGUUAAUAUGGAGUUAGUUGAUUUGAACUUGAAGCUCCUUGGCGAGGAAGGGGUUAUACCUCCUUUGCUUGAGAUGGUAUCUGGGAAUGUUGAUUCCAGAGACUUAUCCUUAUCAGCUCUGGUUAAAUUAUCAGGUUGCCAUGCCAAUAAAGAGCUCAUUGCUGCUGCUGGUGGAGUUCCACUUGUUCUGAAACUAAUGUUCUCUCCCCAAGUGCACUCAUUUACUGUUGCGAAAUGCUCUGAAAUCCUUGAGAAACUUUCUUCUGAAGAUUAUGGAAUUAAAUUCUUUGUUGACGAAGAAGGGGCCCAACUAGAGUUAGAACCGAUCAUCACCAAUUUGUUAGCUUUGCAACAGAAACCUAACUCAGGCCAUAAUGUCCGGAGGCCUGCCUUGCAUGCACUUCUUGGUCUUUGCAGGUUUGAAGCAUGGUUGGUUAAGAAGGCGGUUCUCACUGCUAAUGGUGUAUCGCUAGUGCUUCCGCUUCUUGAUGAUUCUGACUCCGAAAUCAGGGAGAUUGCUAUCAGUUUGCUCUUCCUAUUCUCGCAGCAUGAGCCACAAGGGGUUGUGGAGUACCUUCUCAAGCCAAGAAGGCUGGAGGCCUUGGUGGGGUUUCUUGAGAAUGAUGAAAAGGGUGAUGUACAGAUGGCUGCUGCUGGUUUAUUAGCCAACCUACCAAAAUCAGAGAGAGCACUCACCAUGAAGUUGACUGAACUGAAUGGAAUUGAUGCAAUUUUAAACAUUUUACGAAAUGGGACCAUGGAAGCAAAAGAAAAUGCUCUAAGUGCACUCUUCAGGUUCUCAGAUCCCACAAAUCUCGAGUCGCAGCGUAUUUUGGUUGAAGGAGGAGCGUACCCUUUACUUGUAAACUUUCUCAGGAUUGGUUCAGUACCAGCAAAGGCGAGAGCAGCAGCACUCAUUGGUAAUCUUUCAACGAGCAGCCUGAAGCUCACUGUUGUCUCCAAAUCGGUUAGUUGCUGGUGCUUCCGGCCGUCACGUGCUCCUUUAUGCUUAGCACACGGUGGUAUCUGUAGCGUGGCUUCUACAUUCUGUCUAUUGGAGGCAAAUGCUUUGCCUGACUUGGUAAAGCUCUUACAUGGAGAGGUUCAUGCUACUGCUUAUGAAGCAAUUCAGACACUUUCCACUCUUUUGGUAGGGUCUCCUCAGAGAGGGGCCAAUGUCUUGCAUGAGGCUGAUGCCAUAAAACCAAUAUUAGAGACUUUGACGUGGGGAACAGAUUCGUUGAAGGAGGAGGCUUUGGGACUCUUGGAGAAAGUUUUUGUGUCAAAAGAAAUGGUUGAGCACUAUGGAUCAGCGGCCAGAUUACUUCUUGUUGGUCUGACUGGCAGGGCUGUUCAUGAGAAUGGCCAUGUUGGGAGGAAGGCUGCCAAAGUCUUGGCCCUCCUUGAACGCUAUUCAAGAUCCUCGACAUCUCUUCUUCCAGGACUACAUGGCUGAAAAUUUUGGCUAUUGGGAGCUUGCUUCAAUUAUGACUGCCAUGGCUUUGGAGCUCUCAAGUCCUCACCGUUUGAUGUGGCUGUGAAAAUCAUCAUUGGAUGAAAUAAAAAAUGAAAGUACAUGUAGUAUUUAAUGAUGAUUUUUAUUGCUGCAUUCAACACUUAAGAGUAUGUGUAACAUUUCUCUUUCCGAAAUCAUUAUGGCUCAUAUUACUUGCUUUCUUUUGGUUCAA